AGAGUGAUUUGGGAGGGCAGAGCGGGGGCGGAGGAAUACACUCAUGUGGUAGACACAUGCAUGGUCCUUUGAAAGGACUUACUGUCACAGUCAAGAUGUCUGACAAAUACGAUCACCAAAAGGAUGGGGAACCCAGAGAUGGGGAAACACGGGACAGGGACGAAGACUGGGGCUCAGGUGGUGGCAACACCGGAGGAGGAAACACUGAACCCAAGGAUUAUGAUGGCCCAGCUGGCAUGGAUGUGGAUGGUGUUAUUGAAUCCAGCUGGACUGAGGUAGCAACAAGCUUUGAUGAUAUGAAUUUAGGAGAAUCUCUAUUACGAGGUAUCUAUGCCUAUGGUUUUGAAAAACCAUCUGCUAUCCAGCAGCGUGCCAUCUUGCCUUGCAUUAAGGGACAUGAUGCCAUUGCCCAGGCUCAGUCUGGUACUGGUAAAACUGCAACAUUUUCUAUCUCUAUCCUUCAAAGAAUUGAUGUAAAGUCCGACGAGACGCAAGCUCUCAUCCUGGCACCUACCAGAGAAUUGGCUCAGCAGAUUCAAAAGGUGGUGCUUGCUCUGGGUGACUACAUGAAUGUGUCGUGCCAUGCCUGUAUUGGAGGCACGAACCUUCGUGAAGACAUGCGACGUUUAGAGAUGGGUGUUCAGAUCAUCGUGGGAACACCUGGUCGUGUAUAUGAUAUGAUAAACCGCAGAGUUCUAAAUCCCAAGAACAUAAAGAUGUUUGUUCUAGAUGAGGCUGAUGAAAUGUUGUCUCGUGGUUUCAAGGAUCAGAUUUAUGAUGUCUUCCGCUUCCUUCCUAAUGAUGUGCAAGUGGUGCUGCUCUCUGCUACCAUGCCUGCUGAUGUGAUGGACGUGACUACCAAGUUCAUGAGGGACCCUAUCACCAUCUUGGUGAAGAAGGAAGAACUUACCCUGGAAGGUAUUAAGCAGUUCUAUGUGAAUGUAGAGAAGGAGGAUUGGAAGUUGGAGACUCUCUGUGAUCUGUAUGAAACUUUAACAAUCACCCAGGCUGUGAUCUUCUGCAACACCCGUAGGAAGGUCGAUUGGCUCACUGACAAAAUGCACCAGAGGGACUUCACGGUGUCUGCCAUGCAUGGAGAUAUGGACCAAAAGGAACGAGAUGUUAUUAUGCGUGAAUUCCGCUCCGGUUCGUCUCGUGUUCUGAUCACUACUGACUUGUUGGCCCGAGGUAUUGAUGUUCAGCAGGUGUCCCUGGUUAUCAACUAUGACCUGCCAACCAACAGGGAGAACUACAUUCACAGGAUUGGUCGAGGUGGACGUUUUGGCCGAAAGGGUGUAGCUAUUAACUUUGUGACUGCUGACGACACCAGAAUUCUCCAGGACAUUGAAGAGCACUACCGUACCUCAAUUGAAGAGAUGCCCAUGAAUGUGGCCGAUUUGAUUUAAUCUAGGUGAGAUAUAGCGACAAUAAGGCCUCGGUUGUUGUUGCUCUGCCCCCGCGCUGUCUUAUUCGCCAAUUGAUUGUGCACGCUGCCUGCCCCAUUUGAGAGCUGGCAUCGUGAUCUACUUGAGAGCUUGGACGCACUUGAUCUGAAUCGUGAGCAGUGUCUGAGCAGUGUUUCCUGGAAAUCAAUAGCCCCGCCAAUUGAGCUCGUGGUUCCAGGUGGUAACCAUAUAUUGCCUGUUUAUUGUUAAUAUUCAGGUUCUGUAUUUUCCAUGGUUUCCAGCAGUAGUUAGUUUUAGGUAUAAGAGAUAUAAAGGGCUUUAGCCCUGUUUUAAUUUUUUGGAGAUAUAUAUAUAUACAUUGUGAAAAAAACAACUUGAGGGUUUAGACAGAACCGCUCUUAGAAAGCGGCAUUAGCCUGUCCACCCUCCCCUCUUCCUGUCUUUUUCUUUUUUCUGAUCCUUCCCUUUAUUACGUUGUAGCACAUAACCUGUUGAUGUCACCCUUUAUAUUCUACAAGUUUUACUUGUUUCUGCAACUUAUGAUGUCAAGUAUGGGGAAUAAAUGCAAUUUUAGUUGCACUUGCAGUAAAAGAGCAGAUACCCAGAUUCAGUUUUUCAAUUAUACAAUCAUUGUAUCUGCUAUAGCUUUCGUUUGUUUAAGGAAGAUAGUAUUAGGUGUAUGGCACGGAUAUUAUAUCCAAAAGAGGCGACGUCGGAAAUCUCUGUUAAAAUGUAUGCGACCUCUUGGUGUAUUUAUUAAUAAAACUUGUAAACACCACACUGGAAUCCUUUUAUUAGUUCAUCUAGUCCCUUUUUGGGGAUAAAUAUUGUUGCUUCACGGGGGGGAGAAGUUGGUGGCUAGAUUUAAUCAUAUUUUUGUAUUUGCAGGUCACGACAGCUGUGAUUCACGGUCAAUAAAGCACCAAGUCACCAUACUUGUGUAAUUA